AGGGGCCCCGAGCGGAAGUGACGCGAGGCUGCACGGCCCGCACGGCUUCCUUUUCUCGCCAUCGCUCACGCUGAGGGGCUCGUGCGGAGCUGGCCGGGCGGGAGCAAGAGGCGGACGAUGCCCAGCAAGGUUCUGUGGGGAGAUCUGAUGGAGGAGGCGGCGCCCCUGGACGGGCCUGAGAGCCCGCGGAGGGAGAGCGGCCGGCACAAGAGUGAUAAAAGAAAAUUGAACCACCGAGAUGAUUUAAAAAAAAAAUUGGAAACAUCAGAUAAUGAUGAUUUAGAUGAACUUAGCCCUCCCAAAUCCAAAAAAUCAAAAAGGAAAGAGAAGCUAAAUGGAGACACAAAAGAAGGCCUAGAUAGGUUUCCAAGUGAAUUUUCAGGUUCACCCAAAUCUGACAGAGCAAAAAAGAAAGCCCUCUCAAAUACUCAAGAAAAUGGAAAGACUUCGAAGAGCAGAUCAUCUCUUAGUAACUCCAGCCAGACAACAAAAUACAGUAAGCCGGAAGAGGACCUAACACCGGAGCAGAAAGAAGGCGCCUUCUCCCGAUUCCCUAUUUCUGAAGAAACUGUAAAACUUCUUAAAGCUCGUGGGGUAACUUAUUUGUUUCCCAUCCAAGUGAAGACUUUUAGUCCUGUAUACGAAGGGAAAGAUUUAAUUGCUCAGGCACGGACAGGAACAGGGAAGACAUUUUCCUUUGCUAUCCCUUUGAUUGAGAAACUCCAAAGAGAUCAGGAAGAAAUGAAAAAAAACCGAUCUCCAAAGGUACUUGUUCUGGCUCCAACAAGGGAACUGGCAAACCAAGUAGCCAAAGACUUCCAAGAUAUAACUCGGAAACUUAGUGUGGCAUGUUUUUAUGGUGGAACACCCUAUCAGGGCCAAAUUAAUCACAUUAGAAGAGGUAUUGACAUCUUAGUUGGGACCCCUGGUCGUAUCAAAGACCACCUGCAGAGUGGCCGUUUGGAUCUCUCUAAAUUGCGUCAUGUUGUGCUUGAUGAAGUGGACCAAAUGUUAGAUAUGGGUUUUGCUGACCAAGUGGAGGACAUUAUCCAUGGAUCUUAUAAAACAGGUUCCGAAGACAAUCCUCAGACUCUCCUGUUUUCUGCAACUUGCCCACAAUGGGUGUAUAAAGUUGCCAAAAAAUACAUGAAAACCAAAUAUGAAGAGAUUGAUCUCGUGGGGAAAAUGACUCAAAAGACUGCAACCACCGUGGAACAUUUGGCCAUCCAGUGCCACUGGUCUCAGAGGGCAGCAGUCAUUGGUGAUGUCAUUCAGGUCUACAGUGGAAAUGACGGGAGAGCCAUCAUCUUCUGUGAGACGAAGAAAAACGUGGCUGAGAUGGCCUUGAAUCCUCAUAUAAAACAGAAUGCACAGUGCUUGCAUGGUGAUAUUGCACAGUCACAGAGAGAAAUUACCUUGAAAGGCUUCAGGGAAGGCAAUUUCAAAGUUUUGGUGGCAACUAAUGUGGCUGCGCGUGGUUUGGAUAUUCCUGAGGUUGAUCUCGUGAUUCAAAGUUCACCUCCACAGGAUGUUGAAUCCUAUAUCCAUCGUUCUGGACGCACAGGGAGAGCUGGACGAACAGGGAUUUGCAUAUGUUUUUAUCAACCAAAUGAAAGAGGCCAGCUGAAAUACGUGGAAGGAAAAGCAGGAAUCACUUUUAAACGUGUAGGUGUUCCAACUACAAUGGACUUAGUUAAAUCUCGGAGUAUGGAUGCCAUCAGGUCCCUGGCUUCAGUUUCUUUUGUUGCUGUUGAAUUUUUCCGGCCAUCAGCUCAGAGACUGAUAGAGGAGAAGGGGGCAGUGGAUGCAUUGGCAGCAGCGUUAGCGCACAUCUCAGGUGCCUCUUCUUUCGAACCUCGAUCCUUGAUCAACUCUGAUAAGGGAUUUGUGACUAUGACUCUCCAAAGUCCAGAAGAGUUACAAGAUAUCAGCACUGCUCGGAAGGAACUCAGCAGGAAGCUAAGUAGUGACACCAUGUCCCGAAUUGUCCGGAUGUGCCUCCUAAAAGGGAAAAUGGGUGUAUGCUUUGAUAUUCCAACAAGUGAGUCAGAACUAAUGCAGGCAGAGUGGAAUGAUUCAGAUUGGAUAUUGUCAGUGCCAGAUGCAUUACCAGAAUUAGAAGAAUAUUAUGAUGGAAGGAGAUCCUCCAAUACAAGACAGAGAGGCGGACGGUCAGGUGGUCGUUUUGGAGGAGGACGAGCAGGUGGUCGAUCUAGUGGCCGGCAAGGUGGCCGGUCAGGUGGCCGGCAGAGUGGUGGUCGGUCACGGAGUCGACAAGAUAACAGGAGGCGUGGAGGUGGAAACAGAUCAAGAAGUCGGGGCAAGAAACGAAGUUCCAACAGUUAAUUCUGCCAAUAUAAGUUAGUUAAUCAGGUCAAAUCAUGUUUAUUGUCCACCUCAAAUUGGGUUUUAGCUGGGGGUGGGGGGUGGGGGGAUGUUUGUUAUUUGCAAAAGCACUUGGUCAUAUUUUUCAAAAAAAAAUUACAACCAUUCAUGUGAAAACAAAUCGACUUAUACAGUUAUACCUUUGAAUAAAAAACUUUUAUCGUCUCUUUUCA